AAAAUUGAUAAAGAACUUAUAAAAUUCAUUACCAAAAAUGCAAACAAUCCAAUUAAAAAGUGUGCAAAGGACCUGAAUAGACAUUUCUCUAAACAGGGUAUAUAGAUGGCCAGUAGAUAUAUAAAAAGGUGCUCAACAUCACUAAUCAUCAGAAAAAUGCAAUUAAAACCCAAAUUACACCUGUCAGAAUGACAGGUAUAAUUAUUACCUUACACCCAUCAGAAUGGUUACCAACAAUAAAUCAACAAACAUCAAGUGCUGGCGAGGAUGUGGAAAAAAGAGAACCCUUGUGCACUAUUGGUGGGAAUGCAGACUGGUGCAGCCACUGUGGAAAGCAGUCUGGAGUUAUCUCAAAAAAUUAAAGAUGGAACUGCCUUAUGACCCAGAGAUUCCACUGCUGGGAAUAUAUCUGAAGAAACCCAAAACACUGAUUCAAAAGAAUACAUUCACCACUUUGCUCAUUGUAGCAUUGUUUACAAUUGCCAAGCCAUGGAAGCAGCUCAAGUGUCCAUCAAUAGAUGUGUGGAUAAAAAAAGCUGUGGUAUAUUUACACAAUGGAAUACCACAAGGCCAUAACAAAGAAGGAAAUCUUACAUUUUGUGACAGCAUGGAUGGAACUGGACAGGAUUAUGCUCAGUGAAAUAAGCCAGUCAGAGAAAGACAAGUACCGUAUGACUUCACUUAUAUGUGGGAUCUAAUGAACAAAACAGAGUCCAGCCAGGUCAGCCAGAUGUGGAGUGGAGCUGGGGGUAGGUGCAGAGGCUGGCCCGACCAUGGACAGGACCUGUCCCUGCUCCUUGCCAUCUCCAUCAUUGGGGUUAUGGUACUUCUCUUGGCCCUGAAGAACAUGAACUCAAGGAGGAAACAUCUUAUCACCUUACAGAGCCCUGAAAUGAAGUACCUACUGCCCAUGGUUGAGAAAGAGCAAAUCAGCCACAACACCAGGAGGUUCCGCUUUGGACUGCCCUCACCAGACCACGUUUUAGGACUUCCUGUAGGUAACUAUGUCCUUCUCUUGGCCAACACUGAUGGUGCUCUGGUGAUCAGGCCAUACACACCCAUGUCCAGUGAUGAUGAUCAAGGCUUUGUGGACUUAAUUAUAAAGAUCUACUUCAAAAAUGUACACCCUAAUUAUCCAGGUGGAGGGGAGAUGACCCAGUACUUGGAGAACAUGAAAACUGGGGACACGAUUCUUUUCCAAGGGCCAGCUGGGCACCUGUUCUAUCAUGGGCCACGGAAGUUUUCAGUCAAAGAGUACAAAACAAGUAAGCCUGAAGAAAAACCGGCCAGUCAACCGGGAAUGAUUGCUCGGGGCACAGGGGUCACGCCCAUGCUGCAGCUCAUUCGCCACAUCACCAAGAACCCCAGAGACAGGACCAGGGUAUCCCUCAUCUUUGCCAGCCAGACAGAAGAAGACAUCUUGAUGAGAAAGGAGCUUGAAGAAGUUGCCAGAACUCACCCAAAUCAGUUCAACCUGUGGUACACCCUGGACAGGCCUCCUGUUGGCUGGAAGUACAGCUCAGGCUUUACCACCGACAUGACCCAGGAGCACCUCCCUGCUCCUGGGAAGUCCAUGCUCAUCCUGGUGUGUUGCCCGCCACCCCUGACCCAGACAGCCACUCACCCCAACUUGAAGAAACUAGGGUAUCCCAAGAACAUGAUUUUCACCUACUAACACCUUCUUUGCUCUUAGCAAACUUCCCUAGUCCCUUACAUCUGUUUCAAAG